CUCCUCCUCCUCCUCUCUGCUCCUGUCUUAUUCUCUCCCCGCGCCCUGUAUGGUCCAUUGCUGCCGCCCUGCUCCGGCACCACCUCCGCGGCCGCCUCCUCCUCCUCCAGUUCCCUCCGGCUCAGCUCCUCCUGCCCCCGGCGGUGGCGCCCUCAGCACCCAGGCCGUAUGAUCAGGCUACAGUCUUCAAUGAGUAACCAUAUUCCUCAGUUCCGUGGUGUUCUUGGUCACACAUUUAUGGAGUUUCUGAAGGGCAGUGGGGACUACUGCCAGGCACAGCACGGCCUCUAUGCAGACAAGUGAA